AUGAAGAUUAGAGGUUAUAAUCUUGUAAUUUUAGCUCAUAUUAUUGCUUUAGGUUCUUUCAUGGUUUCAGCUUCCGUAGAUUUGUCAACUGCUAUUCUUAUAAGGGUGGAUCAGUCUGGUAAAGGAGAUUUCAAGAAAAUACAAGAUGCCAUUGAUUCUGUUCCUCCUAAUAAUUCUAACUUGGUUUUCAUUUGGGUUAAGCCAGGAAUUUACAGAGAACAAGUAGUUGUGCCUGCUGAUAAGCCCUUCAUAACAUUAAGCGGCAAUGAUGCUAACACCACCAUAAUAACAUGGAGCGACGGAGGGGACAUUAUAAAGUCUCCAACACUUUCUGUACUUGCUUCAGAUUUUGUUGGACGAUUACUCACUGUCCAGAAUACAUAUGGAAAUGGUGAUAGAGCAGUUGCAGUAAGAGUAACAGGAGAUAGAGCAGCAUUCUAUGGUUGCAGAAUUCUGUCUUACCAAGAUACUCUUUUGGAUGAAAGCGGAUCACACUAUUACAGCAGUUGCUACAUCGAAGGAGCUACAGAUUUCAUUUGUGGAAAUGCUGCUUCACUUUUUGAGAGGUGCCAUGUGCAUUCGAUUUCAAAAAACAAUGGAUCAAUAACAGCUCAACACAGGAACUCUCCAUCGGAGAAUACUGGGUUUAUCUUCUUGGGUUGCAAGAUCACAGGCGUUGCAACUGCAAGUUCGUACUUAGGAAGGCCAUGGGGUGAUUAUUCUAGAGUGGUUUUUGCCCUUAAUUACAUCUCUGGCGCCAUUGUCCCAACUGGAUGGGAUAGUUGGGCUGGCCUUACUAAGCAAAGUACGGUGUUCUAUGGGGAGUACAAGAAUUAUGGUCCGGGAGCGAAGACGUCGGAAAGGGUAGAAUGGUCACACAGCUUAUCGAGUGAAGAGGCUGCUCAAUUCUUGACAAAGGACAUAAUUGGGGGCCCAACUUGGCUUAGGUCUUCACCAACCUACUUCAAGACUGGCUCUUCUAUUAUCAAGGCCCAUGCUUCCAAUAACUAG